AUGCCUUCCAUUCGCCGUAAUGCCUCACAAUGGGAGGGCGUCAGCUUGGAGCAGGAAGACAACAGGGACAACAGGGCUCAGGAAAACACCAGCGAAAACGCCCCUGCGCAGGCACAACGAACUGUGAAUGGCCUCACUGUCCCUCGCGGCGGCGCCCGCUUCGGCAACAUCAACACCACGCGCAUCAUCAGGGGUAUUACGAACCCCGGCUUCAUCUGGAGCACAGGCUUCAACCCCCAGGGCGCGCGGGUCUCGAGGAGGCAUUACAAAGGCAUCAACACGCGGUGCAUCGACUCGUCGCACUACGAGGGCUUUGGCUGCAGCAUUUGA